AUGCAGGUCAUAGUGGGUCCUUUAGCGCGGACUCCGGAGAAGCUUCCAUCGCCGCCGAUCCCUGCAACUUUUCUGACCAUCGCCUCUCCCAAACGCCCCCGACGGAAUACCAUGGAUCCCACCGGAGAUCAGUAUAGAAGCAAUCAACACUCGACCCCACAAGAAUAUGCGGCGAAUGGCUCCCAAAUUCCCUGGGCAGAGAUCUUCUCUCGGCACGAAACAGUCCUCUUGUCUCAUCUUCACAUGUUAAAAGAGGUGAAAGGUUGUGUCUCAGAUGGCGAUGCCUUUCAGACCGUAUCCUCCAUGCUCGACAAGACAAUGCAAGCCAUGAACCAGCUCAAAAUUGUCCGAAAUUCCACAUCCACUUCCACAAAAUCCAAAAACAACGCUACGGAGACCACCACGUCACAAUUCACAGACACGGAACCCAACGCCAGCCGGAAGCGACCUCGCACCGAUAAUGCAAAGGAUUAUAAAGCACCCACCAAUACGAAUGGCGACUCGCGCUCAUCCAAACGCAAGCGAGACAUUCCCUCCCAACAACCUUCAGUUAACUCCCCCUGGUCUCAAAAUAACACGGAGGAGCCCAGCGCGUCCACCGACCAGACCGACGAAUCACACACCUUCAAGCGCAAGCGCGAUAUGCCGUCAUUCCGACAACCUUCAGUCGAAACCCAGUGGACUCAAGAUGACCAGGAUUCCAACGAGACAGAAGACAUAUCCGCGGAGGUCCAGCGACGACUGCGCAUUAAGGAUGAGAUGCGCCGCAAGAAGGAAAGCUCGCAAUCAAAUAAGCGGAAGCGUGAAAGCAUCUCGGCCGAUAACGUGUCGCCUGGCUCAUUGCGGCUUCACAAGAAGCGGGCUAGAGGGAACGUGGAUUCUGAGUCUGGAGCUGGGAUUGAUGAGGGUAGAGCGAGGAAGAUGAAGAAGGGACGCUAG